GGUUAUAGCUCUCAAACAUCCUACAGUUGAUACAUGUCAUAACAUCAUCCAAAUUGAACGUGUACACUGGUGGGAAAAUGUUUUGGGUAUAAAAGAAUGGAAUCUGAUAUUUUUAUACCCAGCGGUUGAAGUUAUAAGUCACCUUUUUGUUAUAUCCAAUGUAUGCUUGAAUCAUUUUAUCAGCAAGCUUUGAGGAUAUAUAUAUAUAAUUUGAAAUAUACCAGCCAUGACGCCGUGGAUUAUUUCAGUGUAUUUGCUGAUCGCAAACAUACAGCCUAUUAUUUGUUCUGAACCACAUCGAAACGUUCGACUUGUUGGAGGAUUCAACAAAUACGAAGGGAGGGUAGAAGUCUUCUGGAAUAACACAUGGGGUACAAUAUGUGAUGAUCAGUGGGACAGACGAGAUGCCUGGGUGAUCUGCAAGGAGUUGGGGUUCGGUAGUCCUCUCCAGAUCGCCAGCACGGCCCACUUCGGAUCUGGACCAGGACCCAUCCUGCUUGAUAAUCUGGACUGUAAGGGAACCGAGUCUAACAUUCUGAACUGCUCACAUUCUGGGAUUGGCGUUCAUGAUUGCUCGCAUUUUGAGGAUGCCGGUGUGGCCUGUUCACCUCCAGUACUUUGUUUGACUGAUCCGUGCUAUAAAGGAACCUGCGUCGAUUCAGGAGAGUCCUUCCACUGCAUAUGCACACCAGGUUUUAUGGGCAAGCUCUGCGACCAAGAGGUGAACUGCACACUACCAGACAAACUGCCUCCAGGAGCCCAUUUCGUCUCCCCACAUUCUUCUUACUCGUAUAACGAGGUGGUGGUCGUUUCCUGUACGGACGGGCCAGGGUCGACUUCAUGGACUUGCAACCAGUAUGGCCAAUGGGACUCUCAUUAUAUACCGUGUGCUUCGCUUACAGGUGCCUAUCGCUCGGCUAAUACACAUUCCUACACCGUCAUCGGCAUCGGGUCUGCUCUUGUCGUUAUUGGAGUAGCUGUCUUCAUCUUUGCAAUAUACAUAUUGAUACGGCACAAGAGACAGCAUCGGGUUGAGAGUCUCUACGAAAUCUCAAACUUAUCUCGCUUGGAGUCAGUUCCGUCAGCAUACCUUACAAUGACCGGUGGCCCUUCUCCCAUGCCAUCACCACGACGGUCCAGUUCUGUCCUCAGCACGGAUCCCCUCAUCAAAGCCUCCAGAGCCAACAUGGCGCUUCCACCGACCCCAACAGAGAACGUACGGUCUCCUUUGUCCAUCACGACGUCACUUCCGUUUCCAACGACCAAUGGAAACCAAGAACCAGAGCCUAGGAUUGAAAGACAAACCGACAAGGAGGUCGACAACCAGGCCGCGAAGCAGAGCGAGAAGCAGACUGUCAACGCAAAUGAAAAGCCUAGCACGGGAACGUGUAAUAAGCCGGUAACGAAACAGACAGUGACGAGAUCGUCCUCCAACUCUUCCGCGACGAAGCAACCUGUGGCCCCCGCCCGACCUAAGAAGCAGAACAACGAGCAACGCAGCAAGCCACUUUUCAAGUUCCCGCCACCACCGAUACCGACAACACCUGCACCGAGUAAAACUUCGCGCGCAGAUGGGACAGCGUCGUCUGCAAAUGGCGGCGUGGUGCACGAUAAAAGCAAACUUUUGUCCAACAUGUCCAAGCAAAGGAGUCUCGAGGAUGAAGGUACUUCGCUUGUCGGUGGUGCAUCUGAUGGUCGCAAGAAUGUGAGGGCUGUGAAGUCACAUGAACUUGGCAAAGUAAACAACAUGAAAGACGAUUUAAACAAGCCUGUAAAGUCUCCAUACUCGAAUAUGUAGCGCCUCAAAACAGCAGUCUAGAAAUUAUUAGCUUAAUGUUAGUUAUAAAAAUUGUAUAUAUCUGAACAUGUGAUUUUAUUAUAUCGCCCUAUUUGUAUACAUGAUUGUCAUUGAAAAAAAAGUGUUGUGGCCCUCUUAACCCUAAAAGGACUGGGGGCAUUAUGCCCCCCACACUUCGUGCGAUAUUUCGGACACGCAAAAAAAAAUAGAGCCGCAAAAUUUUAUGACUUUGUUCUUUCAAGUCCCGCGCAACUUAUGAGACCAGGGGGCCGUUGCAGAAAG